UGCUGCAAGGAAGAAUUGGGCGCCCAGAGAACCCAUUCCGUGUGGCCCUGGAGUAUAUCUCAAGUGGAAACCGAAGCUUGUCUGCAGUGGACUUCUUUGCCCUCAAGAACUGCAGUGAAGGAACACCCCCGGGCUCCAAGAUGGCGCUGCAGAGUUCCUUCACUUGUUGGGAUGGAACCGUCCUCCGGCUCGGGCAGGCCUGUGACUUCCACCGGGACUGCGCCCAGGGAGAAGAUGAGGGCCACCUGUGCAGUAAACUUCCUGCUGGUUUUUACUGCAACUUUGAGAAUGGCUUCUGUGGCUGGACCCAAGAUACACUCUCACCCCAUGCACCACAGUGGCAGAUCAGGACCCCAAAGGAUGUCCAGUUCCAGGAUCACAAAGGCCAUGCCCUUUUGCUCAGCACCACUGAUGUCCCCACUUUCAAAAGUGCUACAGUGACCAGUGCUACGUUUCCUGCACCAAUGAAGAACUCUCCAUGUGAGCUCCGAAUGUCCUGGCUUAUCCGCGGAGUCUUGAGAGGAAACGUGUCCUUGGUGCUGGUGGAAAACAAAACUGGGAAGGAGCAAAGCCGGAUGGUCUGGAAUGUUGCCACCAAUGAAGGCCUGAGCCUGUGGCAGUGGACGGUGUUGCCUCUCCUGGAUGUGUCUGACAGGUUCUGGCUGCAGAUGGUCGCAUGGUGGGGACAAGGAUCCAGAGCCACCGUGGCUUUUGACAAUAUCUCCAUCAGCCUGGACUGCUACCUCACCAUCAGUGGGGAGGACAAGAUGCUACAGAAUGCGGCACCCAAGUCAAGAAAUUUGUUUGAGAGAAAUUCACUUAAGGAAACAAAAUCCUGGGAUAAUAUAUCAAGACAGAACCCCAUCUUUGACCCUACAGUUCACUGGCUGUUCACCACAUGUGGGGCCAGCGGGCCCCAUGGUCCCACGCAGGCCCAGUGCAACAACGCCUACCAGAACUCCAACCUGAGCGUGGUGGUGGGCAGCGAGGGCCCCCUGAAGGGCAUUCAGAUCUGGAAGGUGCCAGCCACCAACACCUACAGCAUCUCAGGCUACGGAGCGGCCGGCGGGAAAGGUGGGAAGAACACCAUGAUGCGAUCCCAUGGCGUGUCCGUGCUGGGCAUCUUCAACCUGGAGAAGGACGACACGCUGUACAUCUUGGUUGGGCAACAGGGGCAAGAUGCCUGCCCCAGCACAAACCAGUUAAUCCAGAAAGUCUGCAUUGGAGAGAAUAACGUGAUAGAAGAGGAAAUCCGCGUGAACAGAAGCGUGCACGAAUGGGCAGGAGGAGGAGGAGGUGGGGGUGGAGCCACCUACGUGUUUAAGAUGAAGGAUGGAUUGCCCGUGCCCCUGAUCAUUGCAGCUGGUGGUGGCGGCAGGGCCUACGGGGCCAAGACAGAGACGUUCCACUCUGAGAAACUGGAGAAUAACUCCUCAGUUCUCGGCCUGAACGGCAAUUCCGGAGCCGCAGGUGGCAAUGCAGCCUCAAACAAUGACCCUGAGAUGGAUGGGGAAGAUGGGGUUUCCUUCAUCAGUCCACUUGGCAUCCUGUACACCCCGGCUUUAAAAGUGAUGGAGGGCCAUGGGGAAGUGAAUAUUAAGCAUUACCUAAACUGCAGUCACUGUGAGGUAGACGAAUGUCACAUGGACCCUGAGAGCCACAAGGUCAUCUGCUUCUGUGACCACGGGACGGUGCUGGCUGAGGACGGUGUCUCCUGCAUUGUGUCGCCCACCCCGGAGCCCCACCUGCCACUCUCGCUGAUCCUGUCCGUCGUCACCUCUGCCCUCGUGGCUGCCCUUGUCUUGGCUUUCUCCGGCAUCAUGAUUGUGUACCGCCGGAAGCACCAGGAGCUGCAAGCCAUGCAGAUGGAGCUGCAGAGCCCUGAGUACAAGCUGAGCAAGCUCCGCACCUCAACCAUCAUGACUGACUACAACCCCAACUAUUGCUUUGCUGGCAAGACCUCUUCCAUCAGUGACCUGAAGGAGGUGCCCCGGAAAAACAUCACCCUUAUUCGGGGUCUGGGCCAUGGCGCAUUUGGGGAGGUAUAUGAAGGCCAGGUAUCCGGAAUGCCCAAUGACCCAAGCCCCCUGCAAGUGGCUGUAAAGACGCUGCCUGAGGUGUGUUCAGAACAGGACGAACUGGAUUUCCUCAUGGAAGCCCUGAUCAUCAGCAAAUUCAACCACCAGAACAUCGUGCGCUGCAUCGGGGUGAGUCUGCAAGCCCUGCCACGGUUCAUCCUGCUGGAGCUCAUGGCAGGAGGAGACCUCAAGUCCUUCCUCCGAGAAACCCGCCCUCGUCCAAACCAGCCCUCCUCCCUGGCCAUGCUGGACCUUCUGCAUGUGGCUCGGGACAUCGCCUGUGGCUGUCAGUAUUUGGAGGAAAACCACUUCAUCCACCGUGACAUUGCUGCCAGGAACUGCCUCUUGACCUGUCCAGGUCCUGGAAGAGUGGCUAAGAUUGGGGACUUCGGGAUGGCCCGAGACAUCUACAGAGCGAGUUACUACAGAAAGGGAGGAUGUGCCAUGCUUCCAGUGAAAUGGAUGCCCCCAGAGGCCUUCAUGGAAGGAAUAUUUACUUCCAAAACAGACACCUGGUCCUUUGGCGUGCUGCUGUGGGAGAUCUUCUCUCUGGGGUACAUGCCGUACCCCAGCAAAAGCAACCAGGAGGUUUUGGAGUUCGUCACCAGUGGAGGACGGAUGGACCCACCCAAGAACUGCCCCGGGCCCGUAUACCGGAUAAUGACGCAGUGCUGGCAACACCAGCCUGAAGACAGGCCCAACUUCGCCAUCAUUUUGGAGAGGAUUGAAUACUGCACCCAGGACCCGGAUGUGAUCAACACGGCUCUGCCGGUAGAAUACGGUCCACUGAUAGAAGAGGAAGAGAAGGUGCCCAUGCGGCCCAAGGACCCGGAGGGCAUCCCUCCUCUCCUGGUCUCUCCGCAGCAGGCCAAGCGGGAGGAGGAGCGCAAGGCGGCGCCCCCUCCGCUGCCGGCCCCGUGCUCGGGCAAAGCCGCGAAGAAGCCAGCGGCGGUGUUCUCCGCCCGAGCCCCGCCGGGCCUGCCCGCCGAGGGGGGACACGUUAACAUGGCGUUCUCGCAGUCCAACCCGCCGUCGGAGCUGCACAAGGUCCAGGGCUCCAGGAACAAGCCGACCAGCUUGUGGAACCCGACGUACGGCUCGUGGUUCACAGAGAAGCCCGCCAGCAAGGACCGUCCUCCCGCGAGGAAGGAGCACCGCGACCGCGGAGGCUGCCCCGUCCCGCCCAGCGCGGCCGCGGCGCCGGGGAGGCUGCCCGGGGCCUCCCUGCUCCUGGAGCCCUCCUCGCUGACUGCCUCCGUGAAGGAGGUGCCCCUGUUCAGGCUGCGUCACUUCCCUUGUGGCACUGUCAACUACGGCUACCAGCAGCAGGGCUUACCGCUGGAGGCCACCGCGGCCCCGGGGACUGGGCUCCACGAGGACUCCAUUCUAAAAACCAAGAGCAGCGUCGGCCAUGCUGGGCCCUGAGCCCACACCCGCUCUCCUCCCUGGGAGCCCCGAGCCCGCAGGAGCCAGAGGAGGCCGCACCCCGAGACCGACCGUCACGUUCCAUGUCGUGCCAACUUGUUUUGAAGUGCCACAUGAAAGCUGUGUUUUCCAAACGCUUUAGAAAGGUUUCGAGCAUGGGUUCAUCUUUUUCUUUCCGAAGAAGAAAGUAUCAUCCAACGAGUGACAAAUACAAGGCCCCGACGUGGCUGCCAAGGGUUCUGUGCAUGGAUGUUGUGUACCUCCUUCCGCUUCCACUCUGUGCGCCCCCCAGCGUAGCCGGCUGCUUAGUGUCUCGUAGUUGCCGUCAUAGUCUCCUUUCCCUGUCGGUGUGGACACGGCCCGUUUGAGGGGAGAGGGAGCAGAAAUAAAGGAGUUUGUCAGGACUCGGCAUGGGGAAACACAUCCUUCACUUGGAAAAGAAAACUCACAGCCACUGACACGCCGCUGUAGGUGCCGAUUAGAGGCUUGCGCUUGUGCUCGUUCCCCGCCGAUUGUACAACAUUGUGAAUAGUUGCCGUCAUACCGGAAAGUAGGUAUAUGCUCAUCUACCCGAAAAACACACAUUUCGAGUGCUUUGAGUUUGAGGAAACACCAGAGCAGAUCCAGAGAGCUCCACAUCCUAUUAAUAUACCUCAUGCCUUAAGAAAAUCUUCCUGCUACAAGUGGAAAACUGAGUGUGAGGUUUCCUACUGGAUUUAAAACUAAAGGUUUAAAUUAAAUGACACAUUUUAAAACUUUCCACUAAUUAAACUCUGGUCAUUUCAAAACAGUCUAGGCAGCAGAGAUACAUCAAAGCAUAGGAACAUACCCACUUGUGGGCGCGCGGGUUGGUUGUCUUAGGCCAAGACCUCCUAUCACCCUAAAUCAUGACGCCUGUACCCACGGACGUUCUCACAGGGUCAGCGGUGGCCGGACGCGGAGCCAUGGGCCCUCAGGUGUCCUAAGGAGAGGGGUAGCAGUACCUGCCUUCCACUGAUCACCUGAGCUUUUCCUCUCUCAAUCUCAUGACACGAGCAUGUCGAGAACACGACUGUGCUGACGCCUAAGUAGCAUCAUGUGUAGAGCUGUCAAAUGAGAUUGUAAACAAAGAAUGUUUCUGGGUCAGCCAGUGGCACGGUGGAUAAGGCAGCUGGAGCUCACAUAGCCACUGCACGGUUCAAGUCCCAGACCCAGCAGCUUGAGAAAUUGUGCCAGGCAUAUAUGUGUGUGUUGGCCCAAAAUCCCAAAAAGAGCUGGACAGAGCAGGGGUUGCUGCAUAGCCGUCCCCCAUAUGGUAAUUUCUUCUCCCCACCUCCCAUCUCUCUCUGGUGAGUGUACAUUCUUACAAAAUGUUUCUAAAACUUUAAAGAAUGCUUCCUCUGGGUGGCCAUGAGGAGAGGAAUCGAGGAGCACUUGAGUUGAGGUUGACACUGACA